CCACCCUGGUUUUAAUGUAUUUGGUUCCAACGGGCAUUAAGUACAUAACUGUCAACAACAUGGCUGUCACUAUGUGUGCACGACUGUUUCUCCACAGAUCUUCACAGGGUCUUCGGCUCAGCCCUCUGACACCAGCCGCGUUCACAAGCCCCUUUCUAUCUCGCGCCCACAGGCUUGGUCCCAGUGAUGAUGAGAUGUACCAGCGUACCACAGUGUCUGUCAUGCAAAAAGAACCAGGAGCUGGAGCAAUGAUCCACAGCUACAGCCCCAGAGGGUUCAACAUCGAUGGGAACCGUGUUUUCGGGCCAUGUGCCGUGCUACCUCCAGCCAUCCUCCAAUGGAAUGUAGGCAGCUAUAAAGACAUCACUGUAGAGAGCAUGGCCCUUUUCCACAUGCUGGAACCUCGAAUUGAGAUUCUGGUCCUGGGCACAGGGGGUCGGUCAGAACGGAUUGACCCCAAAGUCCUGGCCCUCCUCAAGAGCAAAGGCAUCGCUGUGGAGGUGCAGGACACGCCAAACGCUUGUGCAACCUUUAACUUCCUGAGCAGUGAACGGCGAGUGGUGGCGGCAGGUCUGAUUCCUCCUCCAAUCAGCACGGAGCUGGAAUAGCAACAACAAAAACGACAGAAGGAGGUCUCGAUGGAAAAGAGGAACUACUUUCACCACUGGGAUGGAUGAUCUGGAUAAAUCUGUCCUCAUUAUGUUUUUUAGCAUUUGCAAACUUUGUACUUGUGUGACCAUUCCCCACAGAGGGGAAGGGGGGGGUUGGUUGGUUAUGAAAUGUGUAAAUGAAAAAGAGAACAGGAUUUCUGAUGAAUAUUGAAGGAUAUGAUUUGGUGGGAGUGUUAUUUAGUGUUUCAUAUAUCUGUAUCAUGGUAAAUACAUAAGGCCAGCUACCAAUGACGCAAUAAACAAUAUGUUUUGUAUUUAUUUAAUUGUCAGUGAAAGCAUAUGGGAGUAUGUGUAUGUAAUCUACCCAAGGUGACUGUCCUUCACUGAGAUUAGUAAACCUCUCUAAUCUCA